AUGGACAAGGCAUGGGAGACCGUUCAGCAAAAGAGUAGGGUGAACACAAAGCUUAGCGUGGGCGGCCAUCCAGAAAUCGCUAAUCUCUCGCAAAUGUCCGAUGGUGUGCCUCUGAUUCAGCUUUUGGAAAUUAUCGGUGAUACCAGUCUGGGCCGGUACAACAAAGUCUCCAGGAUGCGCAUCCAAAAAGUCGAGAAUGUCAACAAAUGUCUCGAAUUCAUUCGCUCGCGCGGAGUCAAUUUGACCAACAUUGGAGCUGAAGAUAUUGUCGAUGAAAACUUGAAGUUGAUUCUCGGAAUGAUCUGGACUCUUAUUCUCAGAUUCACUAUUGCCGACAUCAAUGAAGAGGGUCUUAGUGCCAAGGAGGGUCUGUUGCUGUGGUGUCAGCGUAAGACUGCGCCGUACCAUGAAGUCAAUGUGCGGGAUUUCACUUAUAGUUGGGCUGACGGCUUGGCAUUCUGCGCGCUGAUUCAUCGCCACCGCCCCGAUCUGCUGGACUUUGAUUCUCUGGACAAGACAGAUAGGCAUCGCAAUACUCAACUGGCAUUUGAUGUCGCCUCUGAACAUCUGAACAUUCCUAAGCUACUGGAUGUCGAGGAUGUGUGCGAUAUCACCAAGCCUGAUGAGCGCUCCAUCAUGACCUACGUUGCUCAGUAUUUCCAUGCAUUCUCUGAGCUGGGCAAGGUUGACACAGCUGGCCGCCGAAUCGCCAAGUUUGCCGAGGUCAUGGAGUCGGUCUGGUCGAUGGAGAAUGACUACGAGAGGCGCGUGAAGGCGUUGCUGCAAGCUAUUGAUAACAAGAUGGCAGAGUGGGAGUCUUCAACGUUCCGAGGCGACUACGCUGAUGCCAAAAGGCAGUCGAUCGAAUUCGUUAAUUACAAGACAUCUCUGAAGCGUACUUGGGUGGCCGAAAAACGCGAUAUUGACACUUUGCUAGGCAAUAUCCAGACGAAGCUGAAGACCUAUGACCUCCUGCCAUAUCAUCCUCCCCGCGGCUUGACACUCGAGGAUCUGGAUCACUUCUGGACAGGCCUCUUGGCUGCGGAGGAGAAGAGAUACCGACUGAUUAACGCAAAGAUCAGGGACAUCAAGGAAAAGCUUAGACAGGAUUUUGCCAAGCAGGCGAACGACUUCCAAGCCAAGGUGAAUGCAAUUUCGCACGAGCUCACUUUAUUGGAUGGCGAUUUGGAUCGUCAAUUGACCCAUGUGCGUCAAUUGAACGCGCGACUGGGACCCUUGGCGGAUACGCUUGAGCGAAUUCAGGCCCUGGAUGAUCAGUGUGUCGAAGCCAACAUUGAGGAGAACGACUACACCAUCUACUCUGCAGACGAUCUAUCGUUCGAUUUCGGUCUAUUGGAGCAGGCCACGCAAAAGAAAUCAGCGUUUAUUUCCAAUCAGAUUGUGUCCCGUAACAUGACGAAUCUCACGCCCGGCCAGCUGGAGGAGUUCGAGAGUACCUUCCGCCACUUUGACAACAACCAGAUGAACUCGCUAUCGUCAUCCGAUUUCAAUGCAGCGCUGGCCAGUUUGGGUAUCAUGUACGAGGACGAAGAUUUUGCAGGCGUGUUUGCCAAAUGUGCCCAGGGUGGAACAGAAGUUUCCUUCGAGCAGUUUAUCAACUUUAUGGUUGGAGUCACUGAGGAUCGCACAUCUGCCGAUCAAGUGCGCGAGUCAUUCCGCAUUGUGGCCGCAGACAAGCCAUAUGUUACCGAGCUGGAUCUGAAGCAGUCGAUGAUGCCUCCAGCUGUUGUGGGCUACCUCCAGUCAACGAUGCCGCGCCAUGAUUCUGCAGACGGCUAUAACUAUCAGGAAUACCUGGAUAGCGUCUUUAGUCACUAA